UGAAAACUAAAAAACAAUGCAGUCACUUAUCCAUUUACUGGUUUAAGAAACAACAACAAUUGAAACGAAGGUACAUGGACCACUGUGUAUUAUGGUAUUUUUAAAAUAAAUAUAAAAAUGCUCUUUCUACAGAACGCGCAUGCGCAUGCAGAGAACAGGAAAUACGGCUCAGCAUCAUGUCGGUAGAAGACCCAUUUUUCGUUGUGAAGGGAGAGGUGCAGAAGGCCCUCUCUCGUGCUCGGGGUCUGUUUGACAGAUGGGAGGAACUUCUGCAGGAAGGGACUCAGGUCAGUCGUGAUGAGCUCGACUGGAGCACCAAUGAGCUGAGGAACUGUCUGAGGGCCAUCGACUGGGACCUGGAGGACCUCAGUGAGACCAUCAGCAUCGUGGAGUCGAAUCCGGGGAAGUUCAGACUGGGAGACAAUGAGCUUCAGGAGAGGAGAGCCUUCGUGGAGCGCACCAAGAAAUCUGUGCAGGAGAUGAAGGAUCAUCUGUCCAGCCCUUCAGCUGUGGCUCAGGCUGAGAAGAAGAACAGAGAGGCUCUGCUCACUACAUCCGGUCAGGACAAGUCGACAGGACUGGAGGCUCAUCUGGUGUCUGCAAACUCCAGAUACAUGCAGGAGCAACAGGAGCAGCAGCAGCUGAUCAUGCAGGAGCAGGAUGAGCACCUGGAGUUGGUGACGGGCAGCAUCAGAGUCCUCAAAGACAUGUCGGGACGCAUCGGGGAUGAGCUGGAUGAGCAGGCUGUCAUGUUGGGGGACUUUGGAGACGAGAUGGACCAGACGUCUUCCCGGAUGGACUCAGUCCUGAAGAAGCUGGAGAAGGUGUCUCACAUGACCAGCAGUCGGAGACAGUGGUGUGCCAUCGGCGUGCUCGUCACCAUCAUGAUCGUCGUCCUCAUCCUCUUCUUCGCUCUCUGAUGGCAGAGACCUCUGACCUCUCGGAUACACUCCUCCCUGAUAGGAAGGACAAGAAGGACAGAAAUAAGAGGAAGGGUGUUUCCCUCCUCCUCCUCUUACUCCCCCAUCAUCCCUUCCUCUCCUCCCACUGAGGGGGAAACUGGUGACCUGUGACGAUACCAUCCUCCUCUCUGCUCUCAGUGAUCUUAGUGGAAUGGAAACAACUUGAGAAGGUGAUUAACACCCUGGUGGUAUUUCACAUUGGUGCAUUUCGGUUCUAAUUGAGAAUAACGGUACUUAAUGGGGAGGGACAGGAAGCUGCUGCUGCCAGGUCAAAAUACAAAUCUGUUUAGUAAAUUGAGAUAUUUUUAUGUCAAGUACAUCAUGUUUUGAAAUGAGGACUCUGUCCUAAAGCAGUACAAUCAGUUUAGUGAACACCUUUGGCCCUGGCGGUAGGAAACAGCACUUACACACAUCAUUUUUAGUUCCUUUUUUAUUGGAAAACUACAAAAAAAGUGUCUUGUGUUCGUCGUCAUUCGUGAGCACCAAGUUUUUGUGGGCGGGGAGGAACAUUUUCCAGAAAAGGAAAACAAAAUCUGUCUUUUCUGAAACAUUAAUCUGGUGAGUUGUGAUUCUUGGCAGCCAGAAAGUAUUUUUAGACGGGGACGAAUCAAGAUGAAUUAGCUGUUAAAUCAAUGAAGAUGCCGUUCCUGCAGCGUGGGAGGUGGGGUUAGGGUUUUUCAGUGUUGCCUUAAAUCUAUUUUUAUAUAUCGUGAAAUGUGCAGUACGUUUAUGUGCCUACGUGUGAAUCAAGUACUAGUCAUAAUGCUAGAAAUAAGUGACAUUUUGCCCAGAAUUGGAGAAAUGAGAUGCUGUCUGCUGGACUGGGAAGGUCCUUUUACUGUAUCCAGUAUACAUCAGCUUCCUUAAAACUGAUCAACAUGUUUCACGCUUCAAAUAAGCUGCUGUCUGCUGGACUGGGAAGGUCAUUUGACUUCAUAUCCAGCAGAAAGCAGCUUCAUCAAUGAUACUGAUCACUAUCCAUGAGUCACUUCUGAAAUGAGUUGCUGUCUGCUGGACUGGAAGCAGGAAAUCAUGCCAGUCCAGCAGACAGCAUCUUAAUUUAACAGCCUGAUCAGCAUAUUUCAGUGAGUCAUCUCUGAAAUCAGCAGCAGUCAAAACCACAACAUGUAGACUCAUAGUAGCUCGAGGCGGCCCCUCCCUGAAACCAGACGCUCAUGUUUUCUCACACACUUUCUCAGCUGACAGAAACGUUGUUACUUCCUGUCUGGAUUAAGAAGGUGAAGGCUGGUCCUGCAGCACACGAUUGGCUCAGGCUUUGUUCCUCUCAACCUUGGCUGGGAGCGAAUGGGUUUGCUGUGUUUUAUUGAAAAGCUUUAGCUAAUGAGAGGAGGAACAGUUGCUGGGCAAGAAGCCUCGCAGGCAGCUCAGCUUUAGGCUCGCAGCGCCCUCUGCUGGACGCUGAGGGUCAUGGUGGUUCUUUGUGUCAUGUCAGGUAACUCUACCCACGCAAGGGUGUGUUGCAGUGCUGUACAAUGCUUUCUGUAAGUGCACAUUACUCCUGUACAAAGGCUUUAUGCAGAAAUGUACUUCUAUAUCCGGCUUGAUUUAUUUUACUUGUGUUUUUUUGCCUUAAAUGAAAUAUAAGACGUUUAAUGACAUUUCGCUUGAAGCAUUUCCUUUUUUUUUUACCAAAGCAGUCAGGGGUCAGAUGCUCCUGGAUUCAAUGCAAGCUCUUGUAACCUUCAUGUGUGUUUUUAAUGUGCUUUUACAUAUUCAAGCCCCUUAAAGGCUUCAGAGGGUAAAAUGUCUGCAGCAUAAAUGAAGCCUCAUGUGGUUCCUGUUCAUGAGUCACUCAGACCUCAGAGGGAAGAAGUCUGCAGGUAAAGGAGUCUUAUGAUGGAGGGAUUUUUAUUAUAUUUCCACGAGGAUCAAGCUCUCUGUUUGCAUUUGACUACAUCUAUAUAAACUGUAUGAUACCGUUUCA